AUGACACACCGAGAACGCCGAAGCGUCAGUCUGGGUCGCCAUAAAGACCGGGGGUCACGCGAUCACGCCAAACCAAUAGAAGACGACCUGUCAACUCGCCACAACAUUUCCAACUUCCUGCUCACACUACAGAGAAUUCAGGCGUCAGAGGAAGAAAACAGAUUGCUGAGAAAGGAAAACGAUCUCCUGCGACAAAGAGCGCGUUCCUAUCGCAUGUCGUCUGCAAGUAGCUCCGACCAAACCACAAUUCUACCUGAUGCAGAAGAUGACAUAAUUGCUGCUGACGUUAAAAGGAAUUCCUUAAUAUUUGUUGGAGAUUCAUCCCCGACUUCUCCUGAACAUGCCGCCUUGGAAGCACAGUACAAUAAAUUGCAGGAAGACUUCAAGAUGGUCAAAGACUUUUUGAAGCAUCUUUUCCAGCAUGCCUUGUCCAUCCCUUCGUCAGAUGGCUAUGAGAAUUCCUACAAAGAUGGCAAAGAUAGAGAGAAUACUGAUAUUAAUACUUAUAAUCCAUUGAAGUCCAAACAGCUGGAACGCAGCCUGGAGGAUAUUCAUGGGCAGAUCAGCCAGCUGCGUAACAGUCAGGAACAUCAACAAGUCAAAAUGGAACAGGUGCAGCAAGCCCUUGACAACGUUCUGUGCCAGUCUUCUGUCAGAAAUGAUGUCACAAUGAGAAUUGUCAGACAGCAGGACAAAGUCAAGGAGUUGACCAGGUAUUGCAACUUCCUGGAGGCACAGCUCAUGGCCCUCAGUAUUUCUCUCAGACAAGCUGAGGAAAAAGUACGGCAGACGGCAGAAAUUGGCCAGACGUUAAACAACUUUGCACAAACAAACAGCAAACAUUUGAAAGGGAACACCAAGGAUGAGAUAUGCAGGGUUGCAGAACAAUUAACAUACCUGGGACAAAGAAAAUCAAGCUGUGCUUGCAAGAUUGUUGCAGUAAAUAAGCUUGUGAAUCACCUGACUGUGGCAGCCAAUCAGAGACAGACAUUAAUAGACUGUAAACCUCCUGCAGAUGUCAUUGAUACAAUGUCCAAGCUGGAGCGGCUUAUAGGUUCUGACUGGCACAGGUUAGGACGGAUGCUUGGUCUCAACCCCGACUGUCUCGAUGACAUCGGCAAGUUCACCAACUUUGAUCUGACCAGUCGGGCUGAGAAGGUUAUAACCACUUGGGCAAGACUUACCCGGGGAGCCAACAUGGAAGGCUUGAGGCAGGGGCUUGAUAAGAUGGACAGAGACAUUUUACUUGUCACUG